AUGCCCCGAAACGAGAGCAAGAUCGAGAUCGCUGCACCGCCCGCCAAAGUGCGCGAAGUGCUCCUCAAUUUCUCCGCUUACCCAGAAUGGCACACCGAUUUCAUCAAGGGCGUCAAGAUCCAGGAGGAGUCCAAGACACCCGAGACCCUCGUGAAUGGAGACAAACUCGAGUGCAACAUUGAGGGCUGGAAAUUCAUCGCCGAGAUCAGAGAAAACUCCGAAGGCAUGCUUUCGUGGCAGGGCCCUCCUGUGUUGACCGUCGCUGGCCUGCAUCAGUUCCGUAUGGAGCCAACCAAGGACGGAACAGCCACUAUCUUCACACAGUCGGAGGAUCUCAAGGGCCCUCUGGCAUUCUUGAUGGGCCCGUCUCUGUUGGGCAAGAAGAUGGCUGCCCAUUUUGCUGAGUUCAAUAGAGAUCUCAAGGCUCGGGCAGAGGCUUCUUGA